AUGUUAACCACUUUGAAGCUUGCUGAAAAUAUGCUUUUAGGACUCAUUCCUUUGACAAUUGGAAACUUGACAAAGUUGACGGGUUUAGACUUAAGUCUAAAUCCAUUAUCAGGCUGCAUUCCUUCACAGAUAGGAAAUUUAAAACAACUUGGUUAUUUGAUAUUCAUUGAUAACCAACUCACUGGCUCUAUUCCUCCACGAUUGAACAAUCUUACACAUUUGAAAUUGUUUGAGAUAGGUUACAACAAGCUCACUGGUGAUUUACUAGAAAACCUAUGCUUUAGUGGAUUACUUACACGUUUUGCUGCAGCUGACAACAAUCUCACAGGUCCCAUCCCCAAAAGCUUGAGAAAUUGCUCUAGCUUAUACAGAGUUAGGCUUGAAAGAAACCAACUUUUGGGAAAUAUAUCAGAAGAUUUUGGCAUAUACCCAAGCUUGGAUUACAUUGAUUUGAGUCAUAACAAUUUUUAUGGUGAGCUAUCUAAAAACUGGGGAAAAUGCCACAAUUUAACUAGUCUCAAAAUGUCUAACAAUAAAAUUUCUGGUAAGAUACCAUCUGAAUUAGUAGGGGCAACUCAGCUAUCCGUUCUUGAUCUCUCUUCAAAUCAUCCAGUUGGAGAGAUCCCAUUGAAAUUGGGAAGGUUGGUUUCACUAUUCAACCUUAAGCUGGAUGAUAACUAUCUAUUAGGCAAUAUUCCUCUAGAAUUAAGUAAGUUGUCCAAUCUAGAGCACCUUAACUUGGCAGCAAAUGAUCUAAGCGGCUCAAUCCGUAGAGAACUUGGAGACUACUUAAAACUAUUGGACUUAAAUUUGAGCAAUAAUAGAUUUGGGGAAAGCAUUCCUAUUGAAAUAGGCCAGAUCAACACUCUUCAAAGUCUUGAUCUUGGUAAUAACUUGCUAAUUGGUAAGAUACCACAACAAAUUGGCGAAUUGCAAAGAUUAGAAACAUUGAAUCUCUCCCACAAUGAGUUCUUUGGUUCUAUGCCAUCAUCUUUCAAUAAAAUGGUAAGUCUUACUUCCGUUGAUGUGUCAUACAAUCAGUUAGAGGGUCCUCUUCCUGACAUCAAGGCCUUUCAAGAGGCUCCAUUCGAGGCACUCAAAGGUAAUAAAGGUUUAUGUGGUAAUGUUACUGGUCUGAAGGCUUGCUUGACAAAAUUGAACAAUGGGGAUGUUGAAAAAAAGGGCAAGAAACUAUGA